UUCAGCAGCUAUUUUAGUUGUGUGAUGAGACAGUAACGAGUCACUUUGUUUUAGAUACCGCGUUCAAAGAGUGGAUUCAUUUGCAACACGCAGAUUUUGAAAGUGUGAAAUAAACGUAAUUUUCGGCUUUUCCUAUUUUUGACGUUCGACGAAAACAUGCCAGAAACGAUAGUAGUACCACCCCCAAUGGAAUGGGCUCAAAGAGCUGAUGUUUUGUUUGUCACCGUAUCAGCUGAAUGCAAAGACGUAGAUUUCAAAUUUACAGAAGAUACGUUGUACUUCAAGGGUAGUUCUGUGGAGACCGGUAAACAAUAUGAAGUAACGUUAAAUUUCCUGCACAAAAUUAACCCAGAAAACGUAACGACCAAAAAUACAGCGCGUUGUAUUGAAUUUACAAUAAAGAAAGCUGAAUCUGGACCCUACUGGGCUUCACUGACCAAUGACAAGAAGAAACCACACUUUUUGAAAGCCGACUUCAAUAAGUGGCGCGAUGAAGAAUCAGAUGUCGAUGAUGAGGAAGGUGGUGAUGCUGCUGGUGGUGGUGGCUUUGGUAACAUGCAGGAAAUGUUUGCGAACCUAAAUUCAGGAGCAGCUUCUAAACCAAACUUUGAUGAUUUUGAUGAGGAAGAAAAAGAAGACUCCGACGACGAAGAGAUUCCAAAUUUAGAAUAAGAACGAUGCGAACAGCACACAAAGUUUUAUUACAAAGAGGCAAUAAUAUUGACUCCAAUCAAUAAAAAAAGAUACGCAUCGAUACGUUUUUGGACGCAAACGCGAAACAGAUUUAUUCUUAAUUUUUCUGCUAUUCGUCAUUUCUUUGUUUAUACUUUAAUGCUCGUAUCAGUUUGUUCUCUCCGCCAUACCAAAUUUAAAUAGUAUACACCCUACAUUAUUCAACAAAGAGAAACCGAACAGUACAGAACAAUGAGAGGAUCAGUAUAGCAAAAACUAAAUUCAUUGCGGAAAUUCACAUAUAAAACGCUAAUGUAUUUAAUAUUAUUCAAAGCGAAUAAAAAACAUGCAAACGAUCGUAAAAAAA